GACCUUACAAGAAUCCUGCUUACAAAAAGAUGGCGCUUGGAAUCGGACUUGUUCUGCUCCUAUCUGUAGCUGCAUAUGGGCAAGAGAACGUCCAAUACCAGGGCACACCCCUCCCGCUCUGCGACCUCAACCGAGGCCUACGGGUGAGUCUACCAGAUUGGGGAUGCCAGCGCUUCAUCAGCUGUGACUCCGACGGUCUGGCGUUCGGCCCGCAGGACUGCGGACAAGGAACCCUGUUCAACUUCGAGGAGCAAAACUGUGAUUUUCCUUACAAUUUCGAAUGUCCGGAAACCAACGACAGCUGCAAAAUGAGGGCUGUUGCUGGCUUCUGCAACAACUACACCCAAUGUGACAACGGCCAACUCGUGACGCUGCAGUGCGGCGAGGGGACAGUGUUCUCCAACAUUAAACUGGGGUGUGAGUACCCAUGGGAUCUUUCCCCCGAGGAGAAGGAAUACUGUAACAUUGAUGUCUAGGGAGUACACCGCACUUGGCUGUGCUAACUAAACAAAUGUCAGAGAAUGGCGCUUCCCAUUUAGACAAGAAGAAAACCAUGGCACAAGUAUAUUCUGAAAGACUGAAUGUUUUAACGAUGUUGUUAUUGAUUAAAACAUCAUAAUUCGACUGUAACACUACCUCCAACGAUUCACAUUUGCAUGUGCGUAUAAAUGGCAAUAUUCAUUUGAGAACAUGAAUAAACUUUGAGCAAUA